GUUGAUAUUAAUUGAUAAAGUAAGAAUAAAGUAAGAAUGAUUUAGAGAUUAUGAGUGAGAGGGUGUGGGAUUCCGGCGGUGGGUGCCGCCAACUCAUGCGACCAACUACAGAGUUCACCACCGGACAAAAUCCCUAGCGGUCCGAGAUAUCAUGAAAACCGGUCUUGGGUCACAUCUGGCCACGAUAUCUGGCGUAUACCCAAACGACUCUGGCGCUCUUCCGAUCAAGGCUUGAAGAGCUUCCGCCCGUACAACAGGUAUUUGCAACUGAGGCAAACAGACAUUGAUAUUAUAGUGGACAAGAUCCUAGCUUCUCUGGCAGGAAGGGGAACCGUAGCCACCAACAUAGGAGUCUUGGCCAGCCUUCCAUUUGCAGGGGUUCUUUCAAACCCAGGAGUUGAACGUACAGAUCAAUCAAAAAUUUGCACGUGUAGGGCAGCUCAUACAAAAACUUUCAAACCAGAAGAGCAAUCUGCUGGAGCUCGUAAGCUAGGCUCCACGCAUCGUCCAGGCGUGAGUUACCCCAACUCUUGCCAAAAAGACAGCAAGCUUGAUCGGAAAAUUGCAGGUGGUGGAAGUCACAGGGAUCACCCUACGAAGCAGGCGACCGGAGAAGAUGGCCGGAAGAACAACGCCAAAGUGUCCGGCAAUCAAUCGGUUAAAAUUUCUUCGGAUCCGGAUUUGGAGCCGGUCACGGUCCAGACGAUGGGUCUUCAGGCUGCUAGCUCCAAUGGCGGUCACCGAGAGGACAAAACUCCGGCAGCACAAAUUUCUUCUGGUAGCAUAGACAUGGGCCGAGGUCGUUCGUACGGCUCCUCCUGCAGGAUGCAUCUCCCCCCACCCUUACAGAUCCACACAUGGUCUGCUCAACCCCACAUCUUACAUCUGGGUGUCGACCCAACUUCCGACAAAUAAUUUAGACAGGGGGGCCUCUUCAAUUUCAGAUUUGCAGGUGCAAUCUAUGGGCUGUGAGAUGAACGGUCCAACCGAGUUUCAAAAUAUUGGCAAGGAGAUGGUUUUAUUGGAAGAAUCUGAUAAAUUCUUUUUUUCUCCAGGAUGGUUACGAUUCAACUAAAAUUGAAUCCAAAACCUUUAAAAUUGCCAUCAGCAAUUUACAGCUGUCAAUCUUUGAAAUUAAAAACAGAGGUUUGCGAAAAUAUCAUUUACUUUGGACUCGGCUAUUUGGCUAAGAGAUUCAAUUUCGGGCUUUCUUCGUACAAGACCGAGAUUUUUUUCGAAAAACAGUUGGCCCUUGAAGAUCAGUCUUGAGGGAAAUAAAUUUGGAGAGUUUUUUGCGGAUUUCUCAAUCCAGUGAGCGUUUUCUGAUCAUCCCCUGUAGGAAAACAUUUUUCAGGUCUAACUGCUUUUUUCGAAUUACUAGAUAAUGUGUUACAAAAUUCAGGGUAUACAACACCGGAUCCUCUUACUACUUGCCAGAGUCGAAGCAUGGAUGAGGUCACUUCAAUAUCCAAGCUUCUUUUUCGAGCCGAUUUGGAAAGACUUGAGGCCACGAGAUCAAAAGAGCAGGUUUUAAUAUCUGGAGAUAUAGAUGUGCACAGGGUUUUGGCUUAUUCUGAACAUUCGGACAGGUUCUUCUCGGGGUAUGAAUUUCAAGUCACGCAUCAGAAAGUGAUAAAAGGAAACCGCUCUCGACUAUGGAGGAUCUCUGGGGACUCGGACACAAACAAAGAUAUUUGUUUCAAAUCCAAGCUGGUUACUAAGGAAAAUUGCCUACCGACAAGCAAUUUAAAUACCCAGAUUAAAAUCUACCAGAAAAAAAAGAAAAAUCGGCGAUUGCACUCUAUGAGAACCAGAUCUCAAUCUCGAGGUUUCGGGGAGGACACGAUGGAUGAUGAUUGGAGCAGUUCCGAGGGCUUUUUUUCUUAAUUCUCUUGUUUGUUUUUUCAUUGUAUCUUUCUUAUCAUUUCCUUGCUUUCCUUUUCACUGUAACAUUUCUUGUUAUUUUAAUAAAACUUUUCAAAAAAAAAAAAAAAAAAGCAUGAAAAAAAAAAAAAGUAAGAAUGAUUUAGAACCAC